GUACGAUUCUCUUUCUUUUAUUUUCUUCUUCUUCCUCCACCUCUUCAUCUCUAAACCAAAAUUAAAUGGCUCGAAAUAAGGAAGGAUUGAUUUUGUUGAUUGAUGUUAGUCCAUCAAUGCACAGUGUCUUGCCAGAGAUUCAGAAGGUUUGCUCUUUGCUAAUACAGAAGAAGCUGGUUUUCAACAAAUAUGACGAAGUAGGAGUUGUUGUAUUUGGAACAGAAGAUACCAAUAAUGAUCUAACAAACGAAGUGGGUGGAUAUGAACACGUCACGGUUUUGCAGCCAAUCAAAGUUGUUGAUGGAGAUCUUGUUGAAGUUGUACAACAACUUCCUCAUGGAACCGUUCCCGGAGAUUUUAUGGAUGCCAUAGUUGUCGGGAUGGAUAUGCUAAUUAAGAAAUACCAAGAAACAAUGAAGGGUAAAAAACGUAUAUGCCUCAUUACUAAUGCUACGCACCCUAUCAAAGAUCCAUAUGAAGGUACAAAAGAAGAUCAGGUCUACACCAUUGCCGACCAGAUGGCUUCACAUGGAAUGAAAAUUGAUUGUAUCGUGUUUAGGGGAAACCAGGUACGGGAUGCACAUGAUGAUAGUAUUAUCGAAGAAAAUGAUAUGCUGCUAAGUAUAUUUUCAAAGAAGACAAAAGCAAAGGCAGUGCAUGUUGAGAGUUCCACUUCAUUAUUGGGUGCUCUUAGGACUCGUAAUAUAACUCCUGUAACUACAUACAGGGGUGAUCUUGAAAUAAGCUCUGCAUUGAAGAUAAAGGUUUGGGUCUACAAGAAAACAUCUGAAGAGAAGUUCCCUACUCUCAAAAAGUAUUCUGAUAAAGCACCUUCGACAGAUAAAUAUGCUACUCGUGAAAUUAAAGUGGAUUACGAGUAUAAAAGUGUUCAAGAUUCUAGUAGAGUUGUGCCCCCUGAACAGAGGAUAAAAGGUUAUAGAUAUGGACCUCAAGUGAUUCCAAUAUCAUCUGCUGAACUUGAAACAGCAAAAUUUAGACCAGAGAAAAGCGUGAAACUUUUAGGAUUUACAAAUGCUUCAAAUAUUAUGCGACAUUACUAUAUGAAAGAUGUCAACAUCUUGAUUGCUGAUCCGGGAAACAAAAAGGCUAUUAUUGCAGUUUCUGCAUUAGCAAGAGCAAUGAAGGAAAUGAACAAGGUUGCGAUUUUACGAUGCGUAUGGAGACAAGGACAAUCAAAUGUUGUUAUAGGAGUCCUAACUCCUAAUGUAUCUGACAAGGAUAAUAUAGCAGAUUCGUUUUACUUCAAUGUUCUUCCUUUUGCUGAAGACCUUCGAGAGUUUCAGUUUCCGUCUUUCAGCAACCUUCCAGCAUCACUUCAGCCUAAUUCAGAACAGCAAGAAGCUGCUGAUAAGCUGGUAAUGAUGCUGGAUCUAGCACCGGCAGGUAAAGAGGAAGCGUUGAGGCCAGAAUUCACCCCGAAUCCUGUUUUGGAGCGUUUUUACCACCAUCUUGAACUGAAAUCAAAGCAUCCAGAUGCAGCUGUGCCGCCACUUGAUGCAACCCUCAAAAGAAUAACAGAGCCUGAUCCUGAAGUAAUAUCUCAAAACAAGCCUGUGAUUGAUGAAUUUCGCAGACAUUUCGAACUUAAAGAAAAUCCUAAGUUGAAGAAGUCGUCUAGGCGCUUGAUAAGGGACAAAACAUCUGGAUCAACUGAAGAGGAAGUUGGUAAGAUCGAAGGCCAGUCCAGUGACUUAGUGGCCUCUACCUCUAAAGUGAAGGUGGAGACAAUUGGGGACUUGACUCCUGUAUCAGAUUUUGAAGCUAUGAUAUCUCGUAGAGAUAGUUCUGAAUGGGUUAGUAAAGCCAUAUUUGGUAUGAAAAAUAAGGUAUUUGAUGUGGUGGAGAAUUCCUAUGAAGGGGACACUUAUCAGAAGGCUUUGGAAUGCUUAGUUGCUCUCCGAAGGGGUUGUGUCAUUGAGCAAGAACCGAAACAGUUCAACAACUUUCUGCGCCAUCUUUAUAGAUUUUGUCAGGAGAAAGACCUAUCGAGUUUCUGUGACUUUCUUUCUUCUAAAGAUGUCACGUUCAUCACCAAAACAGAAGCUGAAGACAGUGAUAUUGAAGAGAAGGAUGCUAGAAGCUUGUUUGUGAAACAAGAGCAAGAUUCACUAGCAGUGUAAGGCUGCUUUAAUCUUGGUGUAGGCAGUAGGCCAUAUGUAGGCUUUUGCGCUAGACGAUUUAGAAUCUCAAAUCGGUAGGUUCACCUUGUAAUUAUACCGGAUGUUAAACGGGAUAGAGCUGAACACUUUUUGUGGGUUUUUUUUU